AUGGGAAAAAAACAACAUCAAAAAGAUAAAUUAUAUUUAACGACACAAGAAUGGAGAUAUGAAUUUGGUGGGCAUAAAGAUUCUUUAUCUAAAAAAAGGAAAGUUGAAUUCAAAAGAUUACCAUUUUCUCAUUGUUCAUUAUCACUUGUACCAUAUACUAUUCCUGUUUGUUGUCCAGAAGGUUACUUAUUUGACUAUGAAACUAUUGUAAAUUAUUUAAAAGAUAAUAAAAUAAAUCCUUGUACAGGAAAAAAACUUUCCAUAAAAGAUAUUGUUAAAUUAAAUUUUACAAAAGAUAAAAAAGGUAAUCAAAUUGAUCCUGUAAAAUAUAAACCUUUUACUGAAAAUUCAACUAUUGCUUGUAUAAGACAAAGUGGAAAUGUCUAUGAUUUAGAAACAAUUCAAGAAUUAAGUUAUAAAACAGGAUGGAUGAAAGAUCCUCAAACUGAUGUUCCAUUUCAAAAAAAAGAUGUCAUAAUAUUACAAAAUCCAAAUAAUAUAGAUAAAUUUAAUAUUGAAUCAUUUUUACAUGUAAAAAAUGAUGAAAAAAAAAGAAUGGAAAUUGAGAAAGAAAAAAAUUCACAAAAAGGUGAUUAUUUUUUAAAUUCUGUAUCAUGUGAGGCACAGGAAGCAUUAAAAGAAUUGGAAAAAGAAUAUAGUUCCCAAAAACCUUUAUUAUCAAUUCCUAAACAAAUUCAAGUGGUGGAUAAAUUUAACUCUGCCAAUUAUUCUCAGGGAAAAGUUGCUGCUGGUUUUACUUCUACUGCUUUUGAUCCUAUCACUGAAAAUAAAGCAGCAAUUUUGGAUGAUGAAACUGUAAAGUAUAAACUUGUUACAUCAAAUGGUUAUGUUAAAAUUUUAACUAAUGUUGGUCAUCUUAAUCUUGAGUUGUAUUGUAAAGCUGCUCCAAAGACCUGUGAAAAUUUUAUUACUCAUUGUGAAAAUGGUUAUUAUGAUAAUACAAUUUUUCAUAGAUUAAUUAGAUAUUUUUUAAUUCAAGGAGGUGAUCCAACUGGAACAGGUCGAGGUGGUCAAUCUAUUUGGGGAAAACCUUUUGCAAAUGAAAUUGGUGGUGAUAAUGGUUAUACACAUAGUGAACGUGGAAUGAUUUCAAUGGCUAAUAAAGGUGUUGACUGUACAAAUCAAAGUCAAUUUUUUAUUAUAUUUCGUCCUAUGCCUUCUUUAAAUGGAAAAAAUACAGUGUUUGGUAAAGUUGUUGGUGGUACUGAUACACUAAAAACCAUGGAAGAAACUGAAACUGAUGGAGAAACACCAAAAAUUGCUAUAAAAAUUUUAUCGACUGAUGUAAUAAAAAAUCCUUUUAAGGAGGCAGAAGAACAACUUAGAAAAGAGCGAUUUGAAAUGACUGAUGAGGGUAAGAGACAAAAAGAAGAAGCAAAUAAAACUUUUAAAGAUUUGCACUCAAAAGUUUUUUCAAAUGAUGUUGGAAAAUAUAUUAAUCCUAAAUUAAUUGAAAAUAUAAAAAGAAAGUCUACUACUGAUAAUAAUGAAAAACCAAAAGAAAAGAAAACUUUAUCAUCAAAACCAUAUUCAGAUUUUAGUUCUUGGUGA